AUGCACUCAGCUUUGAGCACUGCACCAGACAUCGAUCGCGUUAUCAAAGAAACUCGCAGUACUCCGUUCUCUGAUAGAAUAACCAAUGCUAGAAUCAGAGACAUCGGUAAAAUCAAAUUCCCUGAGUAUGCAGGAACUACCGAUCCGAGAACUCACGUUAGAGCUUUCAGACUAGCUGUAACUAAAGCUCACUUAAGUGACUACGAAAAAGAACCGGGCUACUGUAGAUUCUUUGCAGAAAACCUGACAGGCCCAGCUCUUGAGUGGUUCGCAAGUCUAGAAGGCGGCUCAAUAGAUAGUUUCGAUCAGGUCGUAUCAGUUUUCCUUAAACAAUACUCGAUGUUUAUCGAAACACGAGCUACAGAAGCCGAUCUCUGGAAAUUACGCCAAGGUCCUGAUGAACCACUUCGCUGCUUCAUAGCUCGCUUCAAAGAAGUGAAAGCGAAAAUCGCAAACCUCAAUGAUGCAGUAGCUAUUGACGCCUUGCAAAAUGGGCUGUGGUUCACCUCACAAUUCAAACACGACUUGGCGGUCAGACCCACCAGCUCGCUUGACGAUGCGCUGCAUAAAGCAACAUUUUUUGCUCACGCAGAAGAGGACUAUUCGAGCAAUCUCGAAAAGUACAAUGCUAGGUUACUAGCUGCGGGCAAAAAUGUACACACUAUCACGAACAGUAGCUCGCAGAAACAAAAACGCUCACCUCGCAAUAAGAACAAAUUUUGCAAAAAGCUAAAAAACGAUAAUGAGGAACAAGAAUCCUCAGAAUCGGAGGAAGAAAGUGACGGAUCACUCCCAACCACUCCCAAAUCAAAAAGGGGAACUCAAAACAAAGCUUCCCAAAAGAGGAGGCGAGCAGAGGAAGAAAACGAUUCUCCUCCUCCCGCUUUUAAACAGCGAAUAGACAUGAUAUUCAAAGACCUCGCGCAAUGCGGCGGUUCGACGAAAUCAGUAACAACACAACCUCCUGCUCCCAAGAAAACUCUAUGUCAACGACUUAGUGAACUUAGCCUUUGUAGGGGGGUAUAG